UUCGAUUGUUCUUUCCGUUUUCGAAAAUAAACAGACACUGUGUGUUUUGUCGGUGACUUUACGUGAAGAAGUUAAGUAUUACAUUCCUAGCGCAACGGAAAAAUGGAACAUAUUUUUGAAUUUAGUGAACUUACAACUCAACGGAGAUGGCUGCAGUUAUUGGUGGUGUUUGUUUUAUUUAAUUCAACUGUAGCGACAAUCGGGUUUCAAACAUCAGGACUGCAGUUCAGUACGAAGUCCAACGUAACUGUGCCGACAGUAAUCUUUACCCAGAUCAGUCUAGAAAAGUGUUGGGAAGAGUGUACAGCAAGGGUGGCAUGUCCGGCCUUUAACUAUUACAAUCUUUAUAAACUCUGUGAGCUAGACAUUCUUGGGAAUUUGGCUGAUGUAUCUACCAGUAAAACAUUUGAUCAAAGCGGAGUUGUAUAUUGGUCAAAGACAGAGUUUCCGACCACCAUACCUUGUGGACCUGCUGGAUCUGUGAACUGCUCCUUGGGACAAACUUGCGACAAGAAUUCAGGCACAUGUAAAAUAAAAGAAUGCGGACCGCUCAAUGUAUCGGAUGGGAUUCUUGUUCGUGGGAAUGUGAACAGGGUCGGCAGCUUUAUUCGUCUUGGCUGUAAAGAAGGCUACGUCCCGUCUUACACCAGGGACAUUGUCGAAUGUGGCGUUGACGGUCAGUGGACCGAAUACGACAUAACUUGCAAGAGAUGCGAUGAGGGCUGGACCAUGUUUCAUUCUUCUUGCUAUAAGCUGUUCCAUCACAACGUUACCUGGGACGAUGCAAAGACAAGGUGCGGGCAGGCAAAUGCCUCCCUGGCUUCAAUCACAAGUCGAGAGGAAAACGACUUCAUUAAUUCGAAUUUGAUAAAUGAAACAACUGUGGAUGACAUCUGGAUUGGAGCAAGCUCUAGAGAAGCCGAAAGGACGUGGACAUGGACAUCGGGAGAAAUAUGGGCGUAUACAAAUUUUGCUAAGGGAUUCACAACCUAUCAACCUAAUGUUUGCCUUAUAGUAAAUGUUGAUAUUUGGUAUUAUUCUCCUUGCGACUUUCCAUUUUCUUAUCUAUGCGAGAAGCAGAUAUAAUAAUGCACCAAACUACAUCUUAUUAUUCCCGUUUUGACUCUAGUGAACUACAGUCAAAUAUGGCAAUGCAUCAAACUAUUCAACAGUUAUCCUGAUUUCCGCUUGUUCUGUAAAGAAAGAAGUGUCUCCUUUUCAGUUAUAACCAUUCAAUACUUUUGGAUCUACUAAUCAAAAUCAUACACCAAAAAAUGUUCCUGUUGUUAAGAAUAUUGGUCUAGUAGUAUUCAAUAACUAAUCUGAACAGAAAUCCUCAUGUUUUUGGCCUACUAUUAUACACUAGCUCAUCUAAACAGAACUUCUCAGGCCUUUGGCCCAUUAUUAUAAAUUAACUUAUCUCAACAGAACUUCUCAGGCCUGUGGCCUACUAUUAUACAUUAACUUAUCUCAACAGAACUGCUCACGCCUUUGGCCUGCUAAUAUACAUUAACUUAUCUCAACAGAACUGCUCACGCCUUUGGCCUACUAAUAUACAUUAACUUAUCUCAAUAGAACUACUCACGCCUUUGGCCUACUAAUAUACAUUAACUUAUCCCAACAGAACUGCUCACGCCUUUGGCCUACUAAUAUACAUUAACUUAUCCCAACAGAACUGCUCACGCCUUUGGCCUACAAUUAUACACUCACUUAUAUCAAAAGAACUUCUCUGACCUUUGGCCUACUAUUAUACACAAACUUAUAUCAACAGAUUUUCUCACGCCUUUGGCCUACAAUUGUACACUCACUUAUCUAAACAGAACUUCUCAGGCCUUUGGCCUACUAUUAACUUAUCUCAACAGAACUCCCCACGCCUUUGGCCAACUUUAAUACGCUAAAUUAUCUUAACAGAACUUCUCACGCCUUUGGCCUACUAUAAUACACUAACUUAUCUCAACAGAACUUCGCAGGCUUUUGACCUACUAUUAUACAUAAACUUAUCCCAACAGAACUUUUCAAGCUGUGGGCCUACUAUUAUACAUAAACUUAUCUCAACAGAACUUUACAAGCUCUGGGCCUACUAUUAUAUUUAAACUUACCUCAACAUAAUUUCUCACGUCGUUGGCCUACGAUUAUAUACUAACCUAUAUCAACAGAACUUUUCAAGCCUUUGGCCUACUAUUAUACACUAAAUUAUGUUCAAAAGGGCGAUAUUAAGUAUCAGGGGUUGUUUUAUCGAGAAUCCUAGGGGUCUUCUAUUAAUUGCUAACUAACGGAAAACAUGCAGUAUAUUAUAUAAAUGUUAUAUGGCACUCGUAUAGAUAAAACAUCACUGUCGUACUGGUAACUGUACAAAACAAUACUAGUUUACUAGCAAACUAACCCUAUUGUGCAAGUAUAUACUAAACAACACAAUUGUACUGGUAUAUACUAAACAACACUAUUGUACCGGUAUAUACUAAACAACACUAUUGUGCAUAUAUAUACAAAACAACACUAUUGUGCAAGUAUAUACUAAACAACACUAUUGUGCCGGUAAAUACUAAACAACACUUUUGUGCUAGUAUAUACAAAAUAACACUAUUGUACCGGUAUAUACAAAACAACACUAUUGUACUUGUAUAUACAAAAUUGUACCGGUUUAUACAAAAUUACACUAUUGUACCGGUAUAUA